UGGUCAACAGUCGGGCUGCUACUGUCUGCUCGUAACCACAGCGACUUAAUCUGGAGCUGGAUGCGUUCUGGAGGAACCUGUUCGCGAUAACAGACAAUAAAACACUCACCCGAACAUCUGCAGCGUUCAUGUCAUCGGAUAAAGAUGCCGUCGGCUUCGGUUAGCUCGUUUCACCUGGGCGACCGGAGAGUUUGGUCGAUGUGACAUUGCUUGAGCUUUUUGUUGUGGUCCCGGACGCAGAGCAGCGAUCGUGCUCUGAGAAGAUGUUGAGUCGGCUGAUGAGUGGCAGCGUCAGAAACCUGGAGCGAGAAUUCAUGUGCACGGUCAGACUGCUGGAUGAUACGGAGUAUACCUGCAGCAUUCAGAGGGAUGCCAAAGGCCAGUAUUUGUUUGACCUCAUCUGCCACCAUCUAAACCUGCUGGAGAAGGACUAUUUUGGCAUUAGAUAUGUCGAUCCGGAUAAGCAACGGCACUGGUUGGAGUACACCAAGUCAAUUUCUAAGCAGAUGAAAUCACAACCUCCAUUCACCAUGUGUCUGCGGGUAAAGUUCUACCCACCAGAUCCUGCUGCUCUAAAGGAGGAGAUCACCAGGUAUCUCGUCUUCCUGCAGAUCAAAAGAGAUCUGUACCACGGUCGUCUCCUCUGCAAAACAUCUGAUGCUGCCAUGUUGGCAGCUUACAUCUUACAAGCUGAGAUUGGAGACUACGACCCAGGAAAGCAUCCAGAGGGCUACAGCUCCAAGUUCCAGUUCUUCCCCAAGCACUCGGAGAAGCUUGAAAGAAGGAUUGCAGAAAUUCAUAAGACCGAGUUAAUAGGUCAAACUCCAGAGACAGCUGAGCUGAAGUUCCUGCAGAAAGCACAAAUGCUUGAAACAUACGGCGUGGAUCCUCAUCCGUGCAAGGAUGUAUCUGGUAACCCGGCUUUCCUCGCCUUCACCCCGUUCGGUUUUGUCGUGCUUCAGGGGAACAAAAGAGUCCAUUUCCUCAAGUGGAACGAGGUGACCAAACUGAAGUUUGAGGGAAAGACAUUCCAUAUAUAUGCAAAUCAGAAGGAGGACAAAAAGAUCAUCUUGACAUACUUUGCACCAACUCCAGAGGCCUGCAAGCACCUUUGGAAAUGCGGUGUUGAAAAUCAAGCCUUCUACAAGCUGGAGAAGUCGAGCCAGGUUCGUACGGUGUCCAGCAGUAACCUGUUCUUCAAGGGGAGUCGUUUCCGCUACAGUGGAAGAGUAGCCAAAGAGGUAAUGGAGCAGAGUGCAAAAAUUAAACGGGAACCUCCAGAAAUACACAGGGCUGGCUUGGUGCCCAGCAGAAGCUGUCCAUCCAUCACACAUGGGCCGCGGCUGAGCAGUGUCCCGCGGACCCGCCGGAGAGCCGUACACAUAUCCAUCAUGGAAGGUCUGGAAUCCUUGCGGGACAGUGCCCACUCCACUCCCGUGCGGUCUGUGUCCCACGGUGACUCCUUCAUCCCACGUUCGCGGAGCCAGGUGACGGACUCCAGCGACGGGACGGCGGUCAUCUCUGAUGAGACCUACAGUCCAUCCGACAGCGUGCUGCCCACACCGGUGGCCGAGCACAGCCUGGAGCUGGUGGCCUCGCGCCAGAUCAAUGGCGCCCCCUGCAGCAUCGAGGAGGAGAAAGAGUCGGAGGCGGGCACACCCAUUGUGGGCGACAUGGCCGAGCUAGGAGCGGACAGUAGGGCGGCGGGCCCCAUGCAGAGCGCAGGCGGGGAGGCCGCGCUCAGCGAGACGGAACAGGUGAAUAAGUUUGUUUUAAGUGUACUCCGUCUGCUCCUUGUGACCAUUGGACUCCUCUUUGUCUUGCUCCUCCUCCUCAUCAUCCUCACUGAGUCCGAUCUUGACAUUGCAUUUUUACGUGAUAUCCGCCAGACCCCCGAGUUUGAGCAGUUCCAUUACGAAUACUUUUGUCCCCUCAGACGGUGGUUUGCCUGCAAGCUCCGCUGGGUGGGCGGGCUGCUCAUUAACAAGUGAAAAUGAGGCACUAAAGCUCGUAAAGCCUCCCUUGUUGGGGUCGAGAAGACGCUAAACACGUGGAGAGAGAGAGAGAGACGGAGGGCAUCGACCUGUCCCAUGAACCAAGCUUCUUUCAUGAUACUCCUGCUGCCACACGGUGGACCACCAGGCCCACAGCUCCUCUUCUCUUCCACUUUUAGUUCUUUCUCCCCCGUCCAUUUUUAUUUUUGUCGUUUUUUUUUUUUUUGCAAAGACAAUUUUUUUUUUUUGGUUUCCUUAUUUUGGAUUUCAGGUCAUUUCAGGUAUUUUAUUUUUACAAAAAAAAAAAGAGAAAAAAACAAAAACAAAACUUAAUUCAAAGACUUGAGAAGAAUAUAUCGUUCCUUAAAUAGGGAAUAUGAAAUAUUUUGUUGCAACGAGAAUGUUGCCUUCAUUUAUAUUUAUUUUAAAAUAAUAAUUAUUAAAAGUCUUAUUAAAGAAUGUGGUGCAUUAAGUCAAGUUGGUAUGGUAUAGUGGGUUUGGAAAGCACGAGAAAGUUGAAAACCAAUCCUUUUCCGAGUUUAUGCAUAAUUCAUAUCCAUCCGUCGUGUAACUCUUAGUAAAUUCUGAAGGCUGCUAUAAUUUAUUACAUCAACGAUCAAAUCAGCAGAGGGUUAUAUGUAAGGUAAGAAUGUGCAAGUUAUUUUGGACGUGAGAGCUGAGGAAAGAGUGGAAAUGAUGUUAUUUGAAUAAAAUUGAUGAGUACAUUUGAGUUCUGUAUUUGGUGGCUUGAGUUUUAGGGUGUCAAAUACAUUUUAGGAAUAUAAUUGUGUUUAGGCGGUAGCAAGCUGUGAAGUAGAAUUCUUUUUAAAAAGGUUCUUUCUAAUGGAUACAGAAAAAUUCAUUGGUAUAAAUUGUGUUCUGUCAUGUUACCCAAUAGUGUCAGUAUCUGUUAAAAGUUAACAUGAUUGAGUUAAAAGCAACUAGCACCCAUAGAACCAAUCUAGCUACAGUAGAUGUGCAAUACUGUAAGGGUUUGGUUUAAGAAAUAAGUACAUCAUUUUUUUUCAUGAAUGUGUGUUUGCUUUAUUAUAAUUCUUUUUUUAAUUUUCCAUUCUGAGUCUCUCAAUAGAAAGAAAUCCCAUUGUAAAAAGAAAUAAUUUUGUUUUAUUCCAUAUCGAUCUUGGAUUUAAGUUUGUAUUCUGUGGAUAUCAUGCUAUGAUUAUUCUUAAUUACAAUAACAAUGCUGUACUUUUUGUACAAAAAGUAGUUAGUUUCCUAAUAUAUCAACAGUUUUUCCAUGUAUAUUUUAACAGAAACUGAAAUGUUAUUUUGUUAUUGAAAAUUAAAUUAUACCUUUUUUAGCUCUGUGUUCCAGAUGAGGUCUAGAAUCUAUGGCGUUUCUGUCAAAAGAUUUUAAUCCAGAUCUACAAUCCAUUUCCAAUUCACUCACUUAACCAGUAAUGAGAAAACCGCCCCUGUGCUUUGUAUAUUGGCCCUCCAUUUGAACAAUACUGAUGGCUUUAUACAAAUUUUAGCCAAAAGACAGUGUAUGUUCAUAUUUUAAAUUGCUGCUUUUGGCAAUAUGUACUAGAAGGCCAGGUUUAGUCUUUAGUACACUACGUCCUGAUUAGUCUAUAUUAUUUAUUUGAAGACAGAAGAUUCUUCCAGUGGCAUGCAAGUUGGACAGGGAUUUUAUUUUACCAUACAUGAUCUAUUUUAUGCCUGCCCCUUUGAAACUGCUAUUGAUGUAAGUGUUUUUGUAUUUGAGAAAGUGAAAAAUAGAGGAAGUGAAUGCAAAAUGCAGAAGGAGCGGACUUAUUUUUGUGUACAGUGAAAACGAGUCCAGGGUUGAGAGACAAGUAACAGCUAGUGGUAAUUGGGGGAUGUUUUAGAUCUUACACUGGUACUCACAAUAAUUGCAGCUUUUAGCAUUAGUUUGUGGCAGCUCACAAGCUUGGCUUUACUAGUACAGUUAUUUUAAAUGAACAUGCUUCAAUCCACCAAUCACAAUCUGCUGUUGUGUUUGAGGCAAGAAUCACUAUGGUGCUAGUGAAUAAACGACGGCUGAGAUGUGGUUUAGGAAGCAGUUGACGCUGCACAAUUCAGCUAGUAAAACCCAUUACUGUUAGUCAGGUCACAUGCCUUUAUAACCAUUUGGUAGAACCGCUGUCUUCCACCGACCACAGGAGCUGAAACUGGUUUUUGCUACGAUGGACAAAUAUGAGACGCAUGGAAAACCGUAGAAGAAACUGCUGAAACGCAUUAAAAAUAGAGAGGGCCAUUGGAGUUAUGCAUGUCUCUUACCUUGACAAGUAUCCAUGCAUGCAUUUAUAACAUCUCUGAUGUGCCAAAUUAUAACAGGGUUGUGGUGGCAUAAGUCCAUUUAUAUUUUUGUAGAAUCUGAUCAAACAGUUUUCACAGUACAAUAAUACAACGGUGUUGCUCUGAUGAGUAUGCAUGCCAUUGAUGAUGGGGUUUGAUUCAGAAUAUCAAUAAAUGGAUUUUGAGCUGAGAAAAAACAAAAAAAAAACAGAAUUGAAGUGGAUCGAAUUUUACUCAUUGACAGCAUUAUGUAGCCUCCGUGGUCAGUCCUGCAUGGCAGCGCCAUUCAAUAAGCAAUAACCUGAAUUAUAGAAUCAUACAGAUUAAUCAUUUUGAUGGUUUUUGUGCUGUUGUGUAGCAAGUCAGACUACCUGAUGUUUUCUAAGGAGUUUGGAAUGAAUCCAUUUCCUUUUAAGUUAGACGCAAAAUUGCAUUUUAACUAAAAGGCUCAUUUUAUAUGACGAUUAUUUAUUGCCAAAAUUUGCUACAUUUUAUACUCAUUGUGAGCACUUAUCUUGUUUGGAUCCUGAAAUGCCAGUGUCCUGUUGUUCUGAAAUUUUACGCUUCUCUUCAUCCUUGAAAUCCUAUUGCACAAGUUUCAACUGGUGCGCUGCUUCCUAGACUAGUAGAUCAAGGGCAAUUGCUACUACUGUCCUUGUGCGCUUCUACUUCAUACAUUUGUCUCUAGACAGUUUUGUUGUACUGUGCGGAAUGGCCAGGUUUGACUGUGAUGAAUGCAAAGGUCCUGUAAAGGACAAUUGUCAGCUAAAUUGGAUCAUCUCUGUAAUUAUCUAACUGGGUUAUUUCACAAGGUCCCUCUGUGAACUUUGUACAGAAGUAUUUUUAUGCUUCUUAGUAUGCAAGUGUAAGUAUAAUGGAAGUUAAACACUUGCCAGGACACUUAUAAAAAGUAGACUUUCAGGAGUAUUAUUGUACACAGCAGAUAAAGCACUGCACCGGCUUCAAAUAUACCUUGACAGCAUGAACAAAGUUUUACAGCUUCAAGCAAACCUAUUAAAGACGGUGAUUUUAAUGUUCAAGAUCUGGUAUUGGUGGCUACAGCUGUUAGAUUCUGUUGUGAAAUCGUAUUGAGUGGCUGCUGAUCUUUAGAGAUUUGGACCGCAUUCCAAGUAAGUCCUCCAUGUUUAUAAAAGAGAUUCCUUGAGGUAAUUCAAUGAACCACUCGUAUUAGACAGCAGCUGCGUGACGUCUCAGAUCAACUUGGUUAAGUUCUGAUAAUUAUUCUACCAGGGACUUUAAAUUUCAUCAUCAUUAGAAUGAGCUGCUCCUUACAUGCUUGCAUACAAAUUCCCAAAUUAUUUGGUAAAAUCUGACUUCACCUGAACCGUAGCUUUAAGAUUCACUAUGGCGCUGAGAUCCUGUAAAGAUCAGUGGUGGCAACAUGUUUCAUUUACUGUACUGUGCUUGUGUCACUUUGCCAGUCCCCCACAGUCCCUUCAACAGAUAUGCAUAUACACGCACAUUUGUUUAUGCAUAGAUGUCUGUCUGUGGGCGUGUUUUUCUGUAAUCUGCAUCUUUUCUAUUUGGGACUGAAGGUUGCCGUUUCAUUCCUGAAUAUAAGAAUAUUGAACUAUAUACAAAAUUUGUGCCAAACGCAGUUCCUGUUAAGUCAGAUUCAUUCCAAAAUCAUCUUUGUACUGUAGGAAACCUUCCAUGAAAAUGGUAUAAAGAAAUUGUUUCACUGAUAGUCCCUUGUAACUGGUGCCAUGGAAAUAUUCAAACUUGAAAUAAACAUUCAAAAGAG